AUGCGCCAUUAUCUCUCCAUCGCUGUUCUCCUAGCAGGUAGCAUGGUCUUGGGUCAACCAGACGCAUGCCCGCCAGAACCACGCCCGAAGGCGAUGGUCUACCGUGGACCAGCCGCCUGUAACGGCUGUCCGGAAUCAGUGGCUGAGCUUCUCCGGUCUUCCUCCUCUCACUUCGACGUUCAGUACGCGGGCCCCAAUGAGAAGAUCGACAUCAACGAAGGGUCAUUGCAGGAAGUUCAGCUUUAUGCUCAGCCCGGAGGUGGCAGUCUUAAGCCAGCAUGGGAUCAUACAAAGAAGUACAAAAAAGCCAUUCGUGAUUUCGUUGCCCGCGGUGGCCGAUAUGCUGGGUUCUGUGUUGGGGCAUACUUGGCAGGCAACAGCCCGGCCUUCGGUACUCCCGGGUUCGAUAUUCUACCCCCCAGUUCUGCUACAGGCGAAGAAAUUGUUCAGCCAGGAGCGCAAGUGAUGAACGGCCGAAACACUAUCAUUGAGGUGAACUGGCGCUUCAGAACGGGUCCGGAAAAGGGCGAGCUACAGAACGGCCGCUGGUUGUUCUUCCAGGAUGGAGCAGUUAUAAAAUUACCUCAAAAUGCGUCUGCCAUCAUCCUAGGAAGAUAUUCAACCAACAAUGACAUUGCUGCUUCCGUAACACCAUUUGGAAAUGGGUGGGUAGGGGUUGUCGGUCCACACCCCGAGGCUGACGAAAGUUGGUGUUAG